AUGUCUAACGCACCGGAAAUGCUUCCACUCACCUUUGGUGUUGAGAUCGAACUUCUCUUCGCCGUUAACUUUGACAUGCUCCAAACCCGUCAACCGUUAACGCCACUUCUCACUCUUCUCAGGGAAAACCUUCGGCCUGACCCAAGAGACCAACUAGUCGACGCCAACACUCAAUGGGAAGACAAGCUAUUAUACGCCGCUGGCAUUCUAAGAAAGAGAGGUCUAGAGUUUACUGUACAUGAUCCUCCCGAUAACAGACCUGACGAUGACGCAGAAUUUUUCAGCAAUUGGAUGCUCACCUCAGAGACAGCGGUCCCAACUCCAGUUUCUAAAACCCAGGUUGCGAAGUGGUCGAACCUUCGUAUCCUGACUUUAGACGGUUGGGAUUUUAUGGGGCUGGAGCUGAUCUCUCGUAUUCUUGACGCCCCAAACCCGCAGGCAAGCAACGGUGAGUCCGAAAGUUUGUCCCAAGUCAGCCGUUACCUUGAACUGAUGACAAAAAGAACCUCGGCCCAUCCGCAUUUUGAAUUCCUGGGCCAUCCUGAAACAACGAGCAUCCAUGUCCACAUCGGUCUAUCGCCUUCCGCAACAGGCCAAAGGGCGAUCCCUUUACACGUUCUUCGACAUUUGGCAUGGAUCAUCUUGACUUUCGAAGACACCAUCACACUACUUCAUCAUCCUCAGCGUCACGGCUAUCACCGCACAAAGAGCGAAAGUCACGCCCUCCCAAACCGUGUUGGAUAUGGCUUCCGCUUAUAUGAACAUGUCCAUCAGUGUCAGCCAUUUGAUCCUGUCAAGGCCUUCUUCUCGAUCUUCAACUUUAGCAUCACCGAUGAGAACGAAGGUCUCGAUGAACUAAGGCACAUUGUGUGUGGCACAAGAGCGUGGUCAGGGGAUAUUUCCUUCUACCGUGCCUACUUUGUCAACUUCUGCAAUAUUGUGCCGUCGGAUCCAUGGUCUACGAAGACCACGGUGGAAUUCAGGCAGCAUCACGGCACUCUGGACCAGAAGGACAUCAGUGAGUGGAUCGCCUUCGUCACGGCGCUGGUCAGAGCGGCAGAGAAGAAAGCAUACGAAGUCCCAACCAAGGGUGCGCUAAUCCAGGAACUGCCAGGCUCAUUGGAUGGCGCAACUGUCCACGACUCGCCUCGACUGGUGGAAGAACUGUCAAAGUACGCAAGUAUCCUGAAAACCCCAAAGCGGUCACUGAAGCAGCUUUUUGACCUUCUGGACCUUCCCAUCGAACGACGUCAGUACUGGUGGGCUCGGGCCGUGAACUUCCAAACUCUUUUGCGCCAGGGUGGAUUUCGGUACAAACAGUGCCGCCUUCUUUCAUUGUGUAAGGAGCCGCGUCUCCGAGAUUGCGAAGGCUGGCGAGAAGGAGAGUUAGACGAUCCUCCAUGGGAUCUGGAAGAAGGAGAUAGCAGUGGUGACAGUAGCGGCUUGGGGAUAAGCACUCCACGGUCUUCUUUUGAGUGA